AUGGCGAACUCCAAGUUUGAGUACGUCAAGCAGUUCGAGCAACCUGACUCGCUUCUUCCAAACACCUGGAUAGUAGUAAGGCUCGAUGGUCGUGGCUUUACAAAAUUCUCCACCAAAUAUGCCUUUGAAAAGCCCAACGAUAAACGAGCCCUGGACCUCAUGAACGCCGCCGCGCGCUCCGUCAUGUCCGAGCUCCCCGACAUCACCAUCGCCUACGGCGUGUCGGACGAGUACAGUUUCGUCUUUCACAAAUCCUGCACUUUAUUCGAGCGACGCGCCAGCAAACUAGUCUCUACCAUCGUCUCGACCUUCACAGCCUACUACAUCCACCACUGGCCCACCUAUUUUGUCGAUGGGCCCCCCUUAUCCCCACCCCUCCCUUCCUUCGACGGCCGCGCCGUCUGCUACCCGUCCGUCCAGAACCUGCGUGACUACAUGAGCUGGCGCCAGGUCGACUGCCACAUCAACAACCUGUACAACACCACGUUCUGGGCCCUCAUUAACCAGGGAGGCAUGGACGGGACGGCAGCCGAGUUGAUGCUCAAGGGGACGUUCUCGGCAGACAAGAACGAGAUUUUGUUCAAGAAGUUUGGGAUUAACUAUAAUAACGAGCCGGAGAUGUUUAAGAAGGGAAGUGUGAUUUUUAGGAAUUACGAGCUGGUGGAGCCAGGGACGAAAAGAGUUGGUGAGGAAGCAGAGGAGAUGAGCAGCGCCGUACCGGAGGUCAAGUCGAAGAGUCAGGUGGAAAAAGACAAAAAGGCGAGGACAAAGGCCAAGAUUGUGGUGGAACAUUUGGAUAUCAUCAGGGAUGAGUUUUGGGAGAGGAGGCCGUGGUUGUUGAGCGGGAAGCCGGGGAAGGUUCCCAAGGAGCCUUGAUGGAGUGAGUGGAUGAAGAAUGGAAGGAUGAGAUAUGAUUAUGAUACCUCUGGAUACAACCAUAGAGCUCGACGAUUUUUAGUAGUUCAAA